GAAAAAAAAAGAAAAAAAAAAAAAAAAGGAGAUAAAAAUAAGGUACAAAAUGAUAUACAUUUGAAAAACUAUAAUGCUACAUUGAAAAGAGAAAAGAGUUAUACUGAGACUUGUGAUGACAAUAAAAAGCAUUUGAAAAAAAAAAAAAUAAGGGCUUCUUAUUUAAACAAAGAAAUAUUGACAAGUUGUGUUCCUAUUGGUAAUGCUUUAGAAGUUGACAAAGGAUUUAUAUUAUCAAAAAGAAAAAAGAAAAAAAAGAAGAAAGAUGUAAUAAAGGUACAAACUGAUAAAAAUUUAAAAAAUGAUUAUGUUACAUUGAAGGCAGAAAAGCUUUAUAUUAACACAUGUGAUGACAAUGAUAAGUAUUUAAAUAAAAACAAAACAGGGGCUUCCGGAUUAAUCAAAGAUGAAUUGACUAGUAGGGUUUCCAUUGCAAAUGAUUUGGAAGGAAACGAAGAAUUAACUUUAUUUAAAAAAAAGAAGAAGAAAAAACGCAAUAAAAAAAAGUUGGAUAAUGAAAAUGCUACAUUGAAGAUAGAAAAAAGCGAUCAGCUUCGAUCUAGUGUUGACAGAAAAUUAACUUCUUUCUGUAUGAAUGAACACAAGAAAACAAUUCAUAAAGUUGAUAUGAAUAAAACUUUUAAUAGCAUUAAUAUGAAGACUAGUCCAAUAAAUUACGAAGAGUAUACAACAAAAUUAGAAAGUUUAUCAAAAAAAACCAAGAAGAAAAAAGAAUAUAAAAUUGAAAAAAAAGAAGAAACUAAACAUAAAAAUCCUAAAAAAAUGAAACAAGAUAUAUAUCAAGAUCAAUUAAAAAAAAAUUACAAUUAUGAUAAGGAUAUGAUCAACACUCUUCAUAAUUCAAAAAUAUCAAAAGUUCAUGAUGUGUACCCAAAAUUAUUAUAUAAAUUAUCAAAAAUACAAAAGAAGGAACAAAGAAAAGCCAUUAAGGCCGUUUUUUGUGCAGAAACACUGUCACCAGAAAAAUCGAACAAGCGUAAACGACUGACGACUGAUAAGGAAUAUUCGGAAAACAAUUACUCAGUGGACAUGGAUAAGGAGGCAUACGAUAGUCAUGUUCGUAUUUCAAGUGAAGACGGCAGAAGGGAUCAUGAAAUUGAAGAGUUAAACAACGUACCAAGUCACGGAAAUGUUCAUAUUGGAAAAAGUUCUCUCAGUUGCGACAUCUGCUUUAAAAUUUUUACCAACAACUCUAAAUUAUGUCGACAUAAAAAAACACACACUAGUGAAAAAUCAUAUGCCCGCAAUGUUUGUGGAAGAUCAUUUGCGAAAAACGAUAUUUUGGUUAAACAUAAUAGAACGAACACCGGUGAAAAGCCAUAUACGUGCAAAUUUUGUGGACAAUCAUUUGCACAAAGUUCAACUUUGAUUGAUCACUGCAAAAGAACGCACACCGGUGAAAAACCAUAUGCGUGCAACGUUUGUGAAAGAUCAUUUAGGACACAAUCAGAUUUGGUUGUACAUAAUAGAACGCACACCGGUGAGAAACCAUAUGCGUGCAACGUUUGUGGACGAUCUUUUUCGCUAAAAAGCAGUUUGGUUAAACAUGAUAGAACGCACACCGGUGAUAAACCAUAUGCGUGCAACGUUUGUGAAAGUUCAUUUACACAAAAAUGGAAUUUGGUUGUACAUAAUAGAACGCACACCGGUGAUAAACCAUAUGCGUGCAACGUUUGUGAAAGUUCAUUUACACAAAAUUCAGAUUUGAUUGUUCAUUAUAGAACUCAUACCGGUGAGAAACCAUAUGCAUGCAACGUUUGUGGAAGGUCAUUUACACAAAAAUGGAAUUUGGUUGUACAUAAUAGAACGCACACCGGUGAUAAACCAUACGCGUGCAACGUUUGUGGAAGGUCAUUUACACAAAUUUCAACUUUGAAUAAUCAUUAUAGAACGCACACAGGCGAAAAACCAUACGAGUGCGGUCAGUGUGAAAAAAAGUUUACAACAAGCGGUAAUCGUACAAGACAUAUACGUAGAAUUCAUUUCAAAUGUUUUUAAAUUUUCAACUAUCAUUAAUGCCAUUAUAAUUCAUCUUCUGGACAACAAAAAUAUAAUCAUAAACGAAAUCAACCAAUCGCCAUGCUUAGAAUUAAGAACUGAAAAACCGAAAAUCACUUCGUACGUUUUAAAACCAUAUGCGUGCAAUGUUUGUGGACGAUCAUUUGCGGUACAAGGAACUUUGAUUGUACAUAAUACAACGCAUACCGGGGGAAAACCAUAUGCAUGUGGCCACUGUGAAAAGGGUACUCAACAAAUUUUAAUUGUCCAAAACAUACACGAAAACUUCAUAUCAAAUGUUUUUAAAUUCGUUACUAUAAUAUUAAUGCCGUCGUGGCCCGUAGCUUAUAAACAAAAACAGUUGUUCAUCACGCUACGGGCCGAGAAAACUCGGAACACGAUAUCACUACUUGUAUUCACAGCAUAUCAUAAAAGUUAUUAUGGACGUUGCUUUAAUAUUCAUUUCAAAAACUACUUUAAAAAUACGUAGCUGGAAAAUGUUAUUCGUAUAAUAUUUGUUUCAGUUUGUCUGUGCAAUACAACCGUUGUGUAAAUAUAUUGUUAAAUUAAAAUACCUAUGUUUAUCUAAAA